AUGAUAUUGAAAUCAAAGAAAAGGACGAAAAAGAAUCCACCACUUGUUAAAGGUCAUGUAUUAGUAGGCAAUCUUUUCCAAAUGGAUUACGAAAAUAUGCAUCGUACAAUAGACAGAUGGAGCAAGAUUUAUGGAGAUGUCUUGGAGAUAAAUAUCCUUGGACAAAAGUUAGUAAGCCUCAAUACCUCCGAAGCAAUUCGAAAUGCAUUUUUGCAUGAACCUGCUGCUACUGCAACUUCUGCAAGACCUCCGACUUUUUUCGGAAAAUAUGCCUUGGAUAAUUUUUCUGACACAGCAUUCGCUUCCCCAAGUAAACACUGGACAAAUCGUAGAAAACUAGUUUACAAGUUGAUGCAUACAUAUGGUGAGGGCAUUGUUAAUAUGGAAAAUCAAAUAAAAAAAAGUUUAGUUGAUAUGAAAUUGGAACUAACUCAAGUAGAUGGGAACUCCGUUGACCCGGCUAUUAUUAUUGGAGAAUUCAUAAUGAGCACGGUGGAACAGUUGAUCGUAGGUCGUAGUUUUGGAAGAGACAGUAAACUGAAGAAACUCCUACGACAGGUGGAUUACAAUUUCAACAUGCUCAGGUAUAAUACAACAAGAGGUACACUUCUUUCACUGGUUCAUAUCCUCGUAACACGACCGGAACUUCAAAAGUUACUACAGACAGAAAUUGACAAUGUCAUUGGAUCUGAUAGAAAACCAACUCUUCGAGACAGAGAAAAUUGUCCGUUAAUCGAAUCUGUUCUGUUGGAAACCUUGCGAUAUAUAUCACACAUCCCAUUAUCAGUAUUUCAUUUCACUGCAGAUGAUUGUCAAAUAAAUGGUUACAGUAUACAGAAAGGAACGACUAUAAUUCCAAACCUUUGGACUGCCCAUCGUAAUGAUAAAGAUUUUGAGCAUCCAUACACAUUUAUUCCUGAUAGAUUUCUAAAUAAAUCUGGUAACUUGGUUCCAGCAACAGACCCACUCCGGAAAAGUUUAAUGCCGUUUGGUGUUGGCAAAAGAUCCUGUAUUGGUGAGGUAUUUGCCAGAUCAAGAAUGUUCCUCUUUCUUGCAACUUUGUUGCAAACGGCUUCAAUCGAAAAACCAGAUGAUGAAAUUGUUGCUGAGUUUGGGUUAGAUGACCUGAAUCCCGGUCUGGUAAUGCAACCGAAACCUUAUAAGAUAAAAUUUGUAAUGCGACAGUGAUUUCAAAAGGAUAACACUACAGAUAGUAAUAAUCAUAGGGAUGAACUAUUAUCGGCCAAUAUUUGGCAUGUUAAAAAUGAAACAAGAACAUAACUAUGUUUCUGUAUACUCUGCUUACGAUAUAUUUUGCGAUAUA